AUGGAAUGGAUUGCGAUGCGAUGGGAGCUGUUCGAUGGAGCAGCGCGUUGGGCGGAGAAAAGGUGGAAGGCAACGUUACAAUAUACUCGUACUUCGUAUUGUCAGGUUGAUGUAUCUAAUAUCACUGUCCCUGUCGGUAGAGGGGCGCCGCAUCCUGCCAUUCUGCCAGGCGCGGCCGCCUUUGUCUCGGGCGGUGACUGCCCCGAUCGCCGGUACUUCGCCGCUACUACAACACCCGCCAUGAUCCAUCCUCCAUCGCCAUCGUCCUCCACUCCAGAUGCAACCUCAACUCGACCUCGACCUCGCCGUCAGUCGCCAGUCGCCAGUCUCCAACGGGCCCAAAACGGCCAUCCCAGCAGAGCCCAGAGCCCACUGCCCACUGCCCACGAGGAGGAAAACCUAAAUUCGACCUAUGCUCCGUAG